UGGAAAGAAUGACCAAGGAAGUGAAGGCAGACAUCAAAUCCCUUCCAAAUCCCUCGCCAGCUGCUCCGCUCUUGCUCCCUUCACUCCCAGGCAAGCAAAGCAAGCUCACCCAACCGCUGAGGCAAACCCUCAAAACCCAGGGAGGAAUCACCACCAGCGGAAGCAAGCAACCAAGAGCGGAUUGGAUCGAAUCGGCUGCCCACACAUGGCGGAUCAGGAGGCGCCCGAGCCGGCGUGGCCCCCGUGGACCUCCCUCCUGCUCCAGGCCAUGAGCCGGCGGCGGACCUGGGUGGCGCUCUUCCUCGCCGUGUACGCCGGGCUGCUCUGCUCGUCCUGGAGCCUGCUUGCCUCCGUCCGCGCCUGGUACUACUCCGCCUCGGCAGCGGGCCCGGCGGCGGCGGCGCCCGCGUGGCCCGCCGCGCUGUACGCGUCCGUGAUGUACGGCGCCGUGUUCGGGCUGCUGUCGAUGGGCGCCGCGCUCGCUGUGGCGGCGCCGGCCAUGCUGGUGACGUGGAUCACCGUGCUGGUGCUGCUGGCGUUCGCCGGGAAGCCCCGGAGGUUGCUUGUCGCGGAGGGGCGCCGCGCCACGCGGGACAUCGCAGGGCUCGCGCUCCGCGUGCUGCUGCGCGAGGGCAACGCCGUCGCCGCGCUCUGUGCCGCCGCCAGCUUCGUGGCCCUCCUCCUCGGCCGCCGCGACGACGGCGGCGGCGGCAGCUGAUCCAUUGCUUCCUAAUUAAUUUGAGCUGCCACUUCCCUCUUCUGUAGUUAAAUUUUCCGCUCUGAUCCUGUUCCUGUCCAGAUGCAACCGUUUGUAAACCAAGAUUUGAGGGUCUCGUUUUGUUGUUUCCCCCCGAUUUUUUCACCCCUGUAAACUCUGAAAAAAAAAAAGCACCGUUGUUGGCGUUAGCUAAUUGUAACAAGGGGGAGAUUAUGACACGAAAUUGUUCUAGUUACUUAACUAAUAGGGCAGUGAUGGCUGGGUAAUGGUACCCUCUUUAA